AUGGAUGACCAAGGUCCGGCCCGCGUGAGCGAUCACGAACCCGCAGCGGCACAUACAGAUACGGACGUCUCUCUGGCACCGCGAGUUUCAACAGAUUGCAAGAGUGUUUCCUUCACGCACGGCGAUGCAGAUAGCUCUAACACGGGUCGGAAGCGAAAUCCCCAUUUUAGCACAGAAGACGAGCAUACUCAAUCAGACGAGGGAGCAGCGGCAAGAGAGAUGUCAAACACAAACUCGGACGAGUCGGAGCCAAUAAUGCGCGGCGCACGCGCGGGCAAAGAUUACAAUUCUAUAUCGCCGCGGCUGUCUGCGAGAUCUACGGGUGCGGAGUCCAGGAUAGUGCAGGAAGGCACGCAGGGAGCGGUGCAGAGGGGUCGGGAGCAACACAGGGCGGAAAGAGAAGCGGCCGAUGUGGAGAGGAAGGAGGGCACGAGGUGGGCGGCGUUUUGGGAAAAGUAUGGAAGUGUGGAGUUGGAGAAUAAAGGGAGUGUUGCGAGGGACCACUUGGCGCUGGAACGCACCUUCCUCGCCUGGCUCCGCACAUCCCUCUCCUUCGCCUCCAUCGGGAUCGCGGUAACUCAGCUCUUCCGCCUCAACAGCUCUCUCCAAUCCUCUUCUCCCGAUUCACCCUCGCCUCAAGAAAGCCCAGCAGCGCACCUCCGCCACGUAGGCAAGCCCCUCGGCGCAACCUUCGUUGCCAUCUCCAUCGUCAUAUUGGCCAUCGGUUUCCACCGCUACUUCGAGGCCCAGCACUAUGUCAUUAGGGGAAAGUUUCCUGCGAGUAGGGGCAGUGUUAUAUUGGUCAGUGUGGUCGCGGGCGCGCUGAUAUUGAGUAGUUUGGUGGUUAUUUUGGUGGUUGCGCCGGGGGCUUUUGAGAAGUAG